ACAGAGAAAUGCGUUCUGGUGUUCCUGUGUAGCUUUUUGAUAUACCCGAUAUCUUUGUAAAUCCAUUGUGUCAGUCCGUAUCAACGCGAAUUAUGCCUAAGGUAAACACGAUACUUAAUUAUUUCACAUCUCCGAAGACUGUUAAAAAACCGGAGAGCAAAAAGGAACAGCCGCAAACUCCUAAGAGAGAAAAGUCACAGACUCCCAAAAGGCAAAAGUCGCUUACACCUAAGAGGAGAAAAGGAAACAAAGAACUUGACAAAAGUACAGAGAAGGAAAAUCGAAUUUCUGAUGAUGCAAAAAAACGAUCACACAAAGAAGAUGAAAAUAAUGAGGAGGAUGAGCCUAUAAAGCCUAUUAAGAGAAGACGUCUUAUUAUUCCUGAAGAUGAUUCCGGUGAAGAUUCUGGAGAUGAGUUUAAGCCAGAAUCCGAGUCUGAAGAAUCUGACUCGGUUUCAGAAGGGGAUUCAGAACAUGAACCUUCCACUGAAGAAGAAACACCAGAGAAAAAAAGAAAGAUAUCCGGUGCCAGAACCAAGCCAGGACAAUCAAAACGUUCACUUACUAAUACAAAAGCAACCAAAAAGGAAUCGAAGCAGCCUGUGCAAAUGCAAAGUCAAACUGUGAGCAAUGGACUUCCUGUUGCGCAGACUUGGCCUCACUUGAAGUACGAUUUUCUGCAACCGGACAAAAUAAGAGACAAACAAAGGAGAACACCGAAGGAUCCAGAUUAUGACCCCAAAACAGUUUUUGUGCCUACCGACUUUUUAAACAAUCAAACUCCUGCAAUGAGGCAAUGGUGGGAUUUGAAGAGCAAUCGUUUUGAUUGCGUGCUUUUUUUCAAAGUCGGCAAGUUCUACGAGUUGUAUCACAUGGAUGCGGUUAUCGGUGUCAACGAGCUCAGUCUGACAUACAUGCGAGGCGAGUUCGCGCAUUCCGGAUUUCCCGAAAUCGGUUACGGUCGUUAUUCGGCGAGUCUCAUAGAAAGAGGAUACAAGGUCGCGCGAGUCGAGCAAACGGAGACCCCGGAUAUGAUGUCAGUGCGUUGCAGUAAAGUAUCGAAGCCGACAAAAUUUGACAAAGUCGUAAAGCGAGAAAUCUGUCAAGUCAGCACCAGAGGCACCAGGGUGUACACUCCGCUGGACGUGGAAGCGUCCACGCCCAACUCCAAUUACCUGCUGUCUCUGACAGAAAGAUACAAUCCCGGCUCGACCGUCAGUUCCUUCGGAGUUUGCUUCAUAGACACGACGAUAGGCGAAUUUUAUCUCGGCCAGUUCGACGACGACCGUUGCAACUCGCGACUAUUGACUUUGCUAGCUCAUUAUCCGCCAGUUCAUAUUAUAUACGAACGUGGUAAUCUGUCGCAAAAAACGGUACAGCUGAUAAACGGUACUCUGCCAGCAGCGCUAAAAGAUCCGUUGCAGCGUGAAACUCAGUUCUGGUCCGCCACGACAGUGUUAAAAAAACUUCACGAAGGGGACUAUUUCAAGAAAGAGAAGGACUCUAGCUUUUCAUGGCCUGAAGGCCUGAAACCAUAUCUCAAUGAAGGAGACAACUUGGGUUUGACGCCGGCUGACAACAAGGAACUAGCGGUGAACGCGCUAGGGGGUUGCGUGUACAUACUGAAGGAGUUUUUGCUCGAUCAGCAAUUGUUGGCGCAGGGCUGCUUCAACACUUACAUCCCGUCGGACUUCUUGGCUGCGGGUAGUCGGGCGGGUCUCAAUUACGCCAAUACUAUGGUAAUAGACGCUGUCACGAUAAAAAAUCUGAGGAUUUUCGGAGAAGGUUCGCUGAACAGCGUGAUCGACCGUUGCUGCACCGCGUUCGGUAAAAGACUGCUGCGCGAAUGGAUCUGCAGACCGUCUUGCCGCAAAGCCGUUAUAAUAGAACGUCAGGAAGCUGUACAGGAACUGCUGGAUCAGAUCGACGUGAUGCAAUCGGCUCGGGCGAUUCUGUCGACUCUGCCGGAUCUUGAGAGAUUGUUGAGCAAAAUCCACGCUCAGGGAAACGCAGCUAGAAUGAAAAACCAUCCUGACGGCAGAGCCAUCAUGUUCGAAGGACCGACUUACUCGAAGAGAGUAAUUUUGGACUUCACCACAACGCUCGCUAAAUUUGAGGAAGUCUUGAAAUUCGUCGAACUGUUCGAUAAUUUCCGAAGUAACUUGAUCACGCGCUGUACCCGAUACGAGCCGGACGGUGAUUUUCCUCAAUUAAGAGAAACAUUAGAUUACUUCAAGACGGCGUUCGAUCACGAGGAAGCGAAAAAGCAGGGUUGCAUUGUUCCGAAAAGGGGAGUGGACGCCGAAUAUGACUCGGUGCUGGUCGAGCUCGACGAGAACAAACGAGAUCUGGACAAGUACUUGGAAAAGCAGAGGCAGCACUUCGGCGUGAAAAUAUCGUUCUACGGAUCGGACAGGAAACGCUAUCAGAUCGAGGUUCCCGAGUCGCAGGUCAAGAAGGUCGGUCCCGGAUACGAGUUGCAGUCACAAAGGAAAGGCUUCAAACGUUAUUACACCGCAGAGGCUAAGGAACUUUUGGCGAGACAAAUGAACGCGGAAGAGCACAGGGACAAAGUGCUGAAGGAUCUGAACAGAAGGAUAUUCGCGCGGUUUAGCGAGAAGUACGAUAUGUGGCAUACGGCCGUUUACAAAUUGGCCACCAUGGACGUACUCAUCUCUCUCGCGGAUUACGCGCAAACCGGUGAUAUGUGCGUGCCGGAGAUACUCGACGGAUCGGACGGCGAGAUUUUCCUCGAGAUAAGAGACGGAAAGCAUCCUUGCAUUACGUCCGACAGCUUCAUACCAAACGAGACUCUGUUGGCGACCGGCGGCAACGCGUCCUUCAUGAUUCUCACCGGACCGAACAUGGGAGGCAAGUCCACUCUCAUGCGCCAAGCGGGCUUGAUCACUAUCAUGGCGCAGAUAGGCAGCUACGUACCGGCCAGUUCGUGCCGCCUGACGCUGGUGGACCGUAUUUUCACGCGACUGGGCGCGAACGACGAUAUUCUCGCCGGCCAGAGCACGUUCUUGGUGGAGCUGAGCGAGACCGCCGCGAUAUUGCAACACGCCACGCCUUACUCGCUCGUUCUUCUCGACGAGUUGGGACGCGGUACGUCAACCUACGACGGCACGGCGAUAGCGGCCUCGGUCGUCGACGCGUUGACCAAGCUCAAAUGUCGCACUUUAUUCUCGACACACUAUCAUUCUCUGGUCGAGGAUUACAAGACCAAUAAAGAGGUCACGUUGGCGCAUAUGGCCUGCAUGGUGGAAACGGAGGAGGAGGAGGAAGUGUCGCAGGAGACGGUGACGUUUUUGUACAAACUCAGCGAGGGAGCUUGUCCGAAAUCUUACGGAUUCAAUGCCGCCCGACUUGCGGGAGUGCCGUCUGUUAUAACAAAGAGAGCGCACGAGAUAGCCAGAAGAAUGGAGCAGGAGACCAAUCACAAGCACAUAUUCGCUGCUCUUUGCAAAGCCAACGGCGCAAAGAUGAGAGAUCUCAUUGCCGCUAUUUAACGUUGCGUCAUCAAAUUUAUUAAUUACGUAAACAAGCACCGUUUACUUUUAAUACUCGAGGCAUUAUUCUUGAAAAACUUGAAGAAUUACUCUAUAACUUAAAAAAUUUUCUCAAAUUCGAUUAAAAAUAACAUAUAAAAGUAUUAAACACAUAAGUAUUUUAAGCAACUAUAAUAUAAUUGUUAACUUAAAAUUUUCAUAUAGAUACGUGCGUUUCAAGUUACCUUUCUCAAUCCGCAUUAUUAAUUUGUAAAAUAGAAUUACGUAAUGUUAGCGUCGUCAAAUACUCGUUCGAUUUAGAAAAAAAUCGAAUAACAUGUUAAUUUUUUGUUUAUUGUCGUACGUAGAAACUGGUGAGUCGUAAUUAGUUUUGUCCUUUUGUACGAAUUUGUUUUUCUACCAAUUGCAAUGCACAUUGAUGGAUACACAUACGUACCUGCGCUUCGUUCCCGAUCUGUAUAUUAAAGGAAUUUUUAUUUUGAUAUUAAA